AUGACUGCACCAGAACUGAACAGAUUGUUGUUAAUGAGCAGAAGCGUUAUCACAUCUUAUGGGCUGUACAUGGAUGGAAUAUUAAUGCAGAACUCUUCGCAUCUAAGUUAUUUUGUAGAUGGCCUGGCUCCCUGGAGUAAACAUUCAUUCAGGCUCCAGGCUUGUACUGCAAAAGGCUGUGCCUUAGGUGAAAAGACUGAGGCCUAUACUCAAGAAUCUGAGCCAGAAGGGAAUGUUUCAGUCCAUGUGAAUAUAAAUGGUCCAAAGGAUGUCCAACUGAAAUGGCAAGGACCCGAAAAGCCCAAUGGCCAUAUUACAUAUGAUGUCAUCUUCAAUGGAUUGCUUUAUGAAAAAGAAGGUGAUGAUAUCCACAGUAUUACUAAUUGCAGCCGGAUGCUGUAUCAGAGUCAAGAGACUGAUGAAUGGGUCUUGGUCGAUGGUUUGGUUCCUUUCUCUACUUACACAGUCAGUGUAAAUGCAUCUAAUAGCCGAGGUCAUGUGACUAGUACCCCCGCCAUAAUCACAAUGCCUGCAGGAGCUCCAGAUGGUGUACUGCCUCCGAGGCUUUCAUCUGCCAACCCGACCAGUCUUCAGGUUGUCUGGUCUUCACCAGUUCGAAAUAAUGCUCCUGGCUUACCCAACUAUCGACUCCAGAUGAGAUCGACGAAUCCCACCCAAAAAAUCACAGAAGAGUUUUUGGGGCCCAGUGGUUCCUUCACUUAUACAAUUAAGAAUCUCCAACCAUACACUACAUAUGAAGUGAGGAUCAUCGCCUCUAAUGCACAUGGAGAUACCUACAGCAAAUGGGCUAACAUGUCUACGGAACAAGACAAACCAGGAUCCGUUGACCCACCUCGUCUCUUCCAUGUCAAGUCAAGAUCGAUAACUGUUACUUGGCAACACCCAUCAAAACCGAAUGGAAUAAUAACCCAUUAUAAGAUUUACCAAAAUGGAAGCCUAGAGGUGACUGUGCCAGGGAACAGAUCAAGUCAUACUUUCCAUGAGUUAACCCCUUACACAAGUUACCUGUAUCAGCUAGAGGGAUGCACAUCGGCGGGGUGUACAAUGUCGAAGGAGUCACUAGUCACAGAGACCCUUCCAGAUGCGCCAACCGAUGUUCUACCACCCGAUCUCCAUUCUGAUAGCCCCACGUCAGUGAUGAUAACAUGGAAACCUCCGCUCCACCCAAAUGGUAUAAUAGAAAGCUUUAGUAUUGAUAGACGGCUGAAAGGCACCGAACAUGUGGACAUUAUCACAACGGGACCAGGGAAUCACCAAAUGCAGUAUAUUGAUCAAGCCAGUGACAUUAAUCCGUGGAAGACGUAUGAAUACAGAAUGGUCGCUACAACUUUCAAUGGUGGAACAAACUAUAGUGACUGGGUGGAAGUCACAACAAGACCAUCAAGACCGGUGGGAGUGCAGCCACCAGACGUGACUAUAUUAGGUCCAUAUACAGCAAAGGUCACUUGGACUCCUCCGCUCAGACCAAACGGAGAUAUAUUAAGCUAUGAGAUCCGCAUGCCAGAACCUCGGAUCCUUCUUACUAACCCCUCUGUUCUGAGCUAUAUAAUGACAAGUCUAAUCCCAUACACGGACUAUUCGGCUACCAUAGUGGCUUGUUCCGGUGGGGGGACACAUCAUGGAGGGUGCACUGAGAGCUUGCCUACUUACGUGACCACACAGUCAGCACCUCCUGAAGGCAUCCGGCCAUUGUCGGUGAUACCGGUUAGCGAUACGUUUAUUGCAAUUUCAUGGCAACCUCCUUCCCGGCCCAAUGGACCAGAUAUAAGAUAUGAACUCCUGAGACGCACAAUCCUGCAACCACUUACAUCAAAUCCCCCUGAAGAUUUAAAUCUGUGGCAGAAUAUUUACUCAGGAACUCAGUGGUUCUGUGAAGAUAAGGGUCUUAGCAGGUACACAUUUUAUGAAUACAAGCUGAUUGUGUACAAUUCUGUCGGAUACACAUCAAGUCCAGAAGUAGAUGCGGCGACCCUUCCAGGUCCCCCUUUAAGGGGAAGUGAUCUGACUGUGAAGGCUGCUAACCACUCUGCUAUAGAAGCUUUCUGGACCAAGCCCUCCAUACACGACUUACAAGGUGAUGUCGAUCAUUACACCAUUGAAGUAAAGUCACCCAAAUAUGAGAAGUCACUGAGAUUCCCAGCUGAUGUGACCCGAGCAGUGAUUGGUGGAUUACAUCCGAACACCGACUAUCAGCUCUACGUGGAGGUCUCCAAUGGACCCCACAGUAUCAGCAGUGGCUGGGAACAUGUCCGCACCUUAGAUGGAGAGCCUGAGGGUAUGCUGCCCCCAGAGGUUGUGGCAAUCAACAGUACAGCUGUACGUGUCAUCUGGUCGUCCCCUUCAAAUCCAAAUGGCGUUGUCACAGAAUAUUCCAUCUACGUGAAUGAUAAGGUCUACAGGACGGAACUCAGGACGCCCCAUGCCUUUAUCCUGGGAGACCUGGCUCCGUAUACAGUGUACAAUAUACAGGUUGAAGUCUGCACUGCAUAUGCCUGUAUUAAGAGCAACGCUACCCAGGUAGCUACAGUGGAAGGAUCACCAAAAAAGAUACCUCCUCCAAGAAUUGGAAAUGUGACUUCAAGAUCAGUGGAGAUUCAUUGGUCUCCACCAGAAGAACCUAAUGGAAUUAUUCUUGGCUAUGACCUGAGAAGACGACACAUGCAGCCAUGUCGUUCUAUGAAGAUGGUAUCAAUGGACGCAAAUGGAAAUUUUUGCAUGUUCAUUAAAUGCAAGAAAGGAGAAGACAUCUGCGGAGAGAAGUGCUACAACCCCCACCAGCAGGUGUGUUGCCGUCAUGUUUUCUAUGACAGAAAGGACGGAUAUGAGUGCUGUGAAAAGGACUAUGUUGCAUCCAUUGACAAUGCAUCACGGAUAUGUUGUGAGGGUCAAUUUCAUCUAGUAAAGCCCGACCAUCAGUGCUGUGGAGGAUAUUAUGUCAAACUUCAUACCGGUGAGGUCUGCUGCUACGACAGGACGCAAAACAGAGUGUCUAUUGGAGACGGAGACUUGUGUUGUGGGGACACUCCAUACUCAGAGGCUGGACCUCAGAUCUGCUGUGGUGGAUCGCUCCAUGAUGGCUUUACUCAGCGUUGUUGUGGUGGUAAACCAAUGCCUCCAGACUUUAUCUGCUGCGGUAAUGACCAGGAGGGAUCUCCCUACAGACAAUCACUGGGGAUGUCCUGCUGCGGCCAAGACUAUGUGAACGUGUCCGAUACAACCUGCUGUUCAGGACCUAAUGGACAAUUUAAAGCACAUCUAAAGUUAAAUAAUGGAAUUCCAUUAAAAUGCUGUGAAACUGAGCUGAUUACUGAAGAAGAGGAAUGCUGUAAAGGAAUUGGAUAUAAUCCAGAGACUCAUGUUUGUUCUGACAAGCCAUCGACAGAAAGCUUUAUCACGGAAGAACGCUGCGGCUCAGCAGUGGUGUGCCCCCUGUCACUGCCCGCCACUGCGUACUGUGGACAGUGUCAUUUUAACUCCAGCUCUGAUUCUUGUCUCUCCACAAGACAAGGUGUAAUAAGCAGUGAUAGUGACCCGAGGGAAGUGGAUAAGAUGUGCUGGACGGACUGGGAAAUUGUUUACACUGGAAGAUCAGGACAAUAUGUUUUUACCGAUGGCGGUGUAAACCCUUUCACAACCUAUGAAUAUCAAAUAUCAACCUGGAACAGUUUUAGCAACAGUUUCAGUAAUGUGAGCACGGUCACUACCAAUCAAGAUUUACCUCAAGGACUAGGCCCUCCAAGAUGGACUGUAGCUGAGAACCGUGAAGGUGUGAUUUCAUUGAGCUGGCAGGAACCUAGGAAGCUAAAUGGUGUAAUUUAUUAUGUACUUGUACGUGAUGGAGUUGAGCGGUUCAAAGGGACUGAGAAACGUUUUGAAGAUCAGGGCGGUAUCGAGACAUAUCAAGAGUACACAUACCAACUGAGGGCAUGUACUGUAGCUGGCUGCUUACACAGUGCAAAGGUGACUGCAGCCAUUAAACAAGGAGUCCCUGAAACUAUCUCUACACCUGUCAUUGUCACAGUGAACUCUACAGCUUUACAUCUGAGCUGGACUGCUCCCAAAAAGCCAAAUGGUAAAAUUAGAGAAUAUCAGCUGCACCAGGCUGGAAAGGGAAUUAUCUAUGUGAGCAGGACAGGAAAGAAGCAAUAUACUGUGUCAGGUCUUCAUCCAUAUACAAAAUAUAUGUUCUUCCUCACAGUCUGUACUUCUGUAGGGUGCAAUAGCAGUGAGAUGGCAUCAGGCUACACGUUACAAGCUCCUCCUCAAGGAGUUUGGCAGGAUCCUCACCACGUCACAAUCAAUUCAUCAGCGCUGGAACUAUAUUGGAGGGAACCCGAGAGGCCCAAUGGGAUGAUUUCUGAGUAUAGACUGAUACGGAACGAGGCAGUCAUUUCCAGAAGAAGUGGUGAAUAUCUGAAUUUCACUGAUGUUGGACUACAGCCCAACGGCAGUUACUUCUACCAGCUGGAGGCCCAAAAUGAAGCAGGGAGCAAUAUCAGCCAUGUCUAUGUGGUAGAAACGCCGCUCCAUACUCCGCAGGAAAUUCCUGUUCCGUAUAAUAUCACUAUCCUGGGACCACAUUCUGCAUACGUGGCUUGGAACCUUCCAGGGGUGUAUGACCCCAGCGUCCCCUUGGAUUUUAACGUUUUGCUGAACGCUGGUAGGAAGGAGGCACAGAGUCACCCGGCAGGAGGAAAACGCUUUAUCAUUUUGGAAGACUUGGUCCCGGGUGAAGAGUUUUUCCCUUCGAGUAGUUGUGGAGUCGGCAGUCCCAUAUUCGCGGUAACUAAAGAAGCAGCACCGGAAGGUCUUGACCCACCAGUACUUUUUGCAGUUGGCCCACACGACAUUAGGGUUACAUGGAAAGCACCAAAGAAACCAAAUGGGUACAUAACGGGAUAUAUUGUUCACAGGUGCCUUGCUGGCAGCCGUGACAAUAUAACAGCUGUCCCCUUACCUGGUGGGAUUUUAGAAUACAGGGAUUCUUCCGAAGACUUACAGCCUUACACACAGUAUCAGUACUCCCUCACAGCACAGAACAGAGAGGGCAUGCUGCAAAGUUCAUGGUCCAUUGUCCGCACACUUGAAGCUGCUCCUGAAGAUCUAGAUCCACCAACAGCAAAAGAGAGCACGAGCGAGCCUACAGCAGCCACGUUCUCCGGGUCAACAUUAACUCUGCCGAUAGUUUUUGGAUAUGCUUCAAAUGUCUUUAAGAUGAGAAUUCCCCAUUACGACUGCAGUCAGGGAACGAUAUACCAGGCAAAGGUCUUUGGGCUACAUCCAUUUUCAAUGUAUCACAUCUGUAUCAAGGCCUCCAAUAGUGCUGGGACCGUGUCCAGUGGAUGGAUUUCCAUAAAGACGUUGGAGGCUGCACCAAGCACCCUUAACGUCACAGUGGAGAAGACAGAAAAUGGCAGAGCGUUACUCCUCAGAUGGUCUCAACCGACUAGAACUAAUGGAGUACUGAUGAUGUAUAACGUAUAUAGUGAUGGCAGUCUUGAAUACAGCGGUCUAUCCCAACAAUUUUUUCUCCGUCGCCUUGAACCCUUCACAGUUUAUACUUUGGUACUUGAAGCUUGUACUGCAGCCGGCUGUACCCAGACUUUCCCACAUCGUGUCCAGACAGAUGAAGCUUCUCCUGUAUCUCAGCUCCCACCUCAAAUCAAACCACUCAAUGCUACUCAUAUUCAACUAACCUGGUCACCUCCGAUCCAUUCAAAUGGAAAAAUUAUACAAUAUGAGAUCAUUAAAAGGUCCACACAGGAAAAUUCUUUGGGGAACCGGAAGACCAUUGCUGAAAGUGUUGUGUUUAGACAACUGAACACGGAGCCUAUGAGAUUUAUCUAUACAGAUGGAGGACUGAAACCUUGGACGGAUUAUGAGUAUAAGGUUCGGGUGUGGAACUCGGUUGGGUACACAGAUAGUAUAUGGACAGUUGGUCAAACCAGUCAAGCAGCACCCACUUUUAUUCCUCCACCUAAGUUAUCCUAUGACUCUCAAAAUCCCAACCAUAUUGUCAUCCAAUGGACCAAGCCAGAAGAAGACAAUGGGAAAAUAUUGUAUUACAUGCUUAAGAAAAAUAAUUUAACGUUACCCUUUAAUUUUGACUAUGCAACAUUAAAUUAUACAGAUGAAGAUUUGCUUCCUUAUUCCGAGUACACUUACUCCAUAGUAGCCUGCACAUUAGGAGGUUGUACCAUUAGUGAUGCUACACACAUAAGAACGUUAGAAGGUCCACCUAGUGCACUAAACCCACCCACUGCUGAAGCCCUUAGUGCAACAGAAGUCAACGUGUCUUGGUCUCCACCAUCAAUGCAGAAUGGGGAAAUCACUAAAUAUAUUGUAAAGUUUGAUAAUGAGACAUACUUUGUUGGAACCAGAUUAUCAAUAGUUGUAUCCAACCUUCAACCCUUCACCAUCUAUAAUAUAAGCCUGGUUGCUUGCACCAAUGGCGGUUGUACGAGUAGCUCGAAUACAUUGGUCAGAACAAAGGAAGCUCGUCCAUUUCACAUGAAAGAACCAAGUUUUGUAGUGACAAGUGCACAGUCCAUUAAAAUCUCAUGGCAAAGUCCCGAAAAACCUAAUGGAGAGAUUGCAAACUAUGAGCUACGUAGAGAUGGUCUACUGAUUUACACGGGUUUGGAUAUUCACUAUCAUGACUUUGGGUUGGAACCGGGAACAGAAUAUACUUACACUGUACAAGCCAGCAAUAGCCAGGGGAGUUGUACAAGCUCACCUGCAAGUAUAAAGACCCAACCAUCCUUGCCUUCUGGUAUGGAACCACCAAGACUUCAUGCAAAAAGUGCCAAUAAGAUAUUGAUUACUUGGAGAGAUCCUCUGAAGGCUAAUGGGCCUAUACACAAUUAUACUCUUUAUAUUUAUCACCCAUCUGAAAUGAAGGACAAACAGUAUACCUUUAACAGCUCUUUUCUUUCUCCAAAUGACCACUCUUAUGUAAUAAAGGACCUGAAGCCAUAUACACAGUAUGAAGCAAGAGUUGAAGCCUGCACUCUACUCGGAUGUGUUGUAAGUGAGUGGAUGACUGGUCAUACCAUGGAGGCUCCCCCAGAAUCACAACCUGCUCCACUCAUUGAUGUCCAGAAAAACACUCAAGCUCCAUUACUGGCUUGGAACAGUCCACAACAACCAAACGGGAAAAUCAUAAGAUAUGAUGUUUAUCGAAGGAGGAAAAAUGACCCCAAAGAAAUUAUGUCCACAGAGUUGGUCUUCAAUGGGUCCUCACUGUCAUUUCAGGAUGUGGCUUUGCUGCCAUAUACAGAGUAUGAGUAUCAGGUGGUGACUGUGAAUUCUGCUGGAAGGACGUCCAGCUCCUGGGCUCAUUGUCGGACCGGCCCCGCCGCCCCAGAAGGCUUACUGGCACCAGCUUUUCUCAAGGUGUCCUCCACGUUUGCGGUUGCCAACAUAUCUCCGCCGACUAAGCCGAAUGGUGUAGUUAUCCUCUACAGACUGUUCUCCAGGAAUGACAAGGGAGAGGACUCCGUGGUGUCUGAAGGAACAUCCAUCCAGCAGACCAUUCAUGGUCUCAAGCCCUUUACCAACUACUUCAUAGGUGCCGAGGCCUGCACGUGUCUGACGUGUUGCAGUAAAGGUCCUAUAGCUCGGCUCACGACUCUCUCGGCAUCACCUUCCCACCAGCGACCUCCACACAUAACAGACAAAACUUCAAGGGCAGUGUCACUGCAGUGGAGCGCACCGGGGUCACCUAAUGGCAUUAUUCAAAGGUAUGAGGUCCACAUGCAGGUGACGUGUCCUCCUUUGGUUCCAACUGUUGGAUCAUCUUGUAUUGAAGGAGCUGUAGAGAUGACGUAUUCUGGAAAGGAGGAAACAUGUGAAAUUACGGACCUACAGCCAUUCACUACGUACAACCUGAGGGUGAUUAGCUACAACUCAGAAGGCAGUACCAGCUCUGACUGGAUCCAAUGCACAACCUUAAAAGAAAGGCCGUUAUACACAGCUCACAUCUCUGUUUCCAGUAAUCUGACCACCAUAUUCUUGGACUGGGGACACAGCUUCCAGCUUAAUGGGCAGUUGAAAGAGUUUGUCUUAACUGAACGAGGGCAGCGCAUCUACAGUGGUCUGGACUCCAGUGUUCACAUCCAGAGGACCACAGAUAAAACCUUUUAUUUUCAGGUGACGUGCACCACUGACAUGGGGAGCGUGAGCACGCCGAUUGUGAAGUACAGCUCCAGCACAGGACUAGCUCCUGAACAAUCAAAUCCAAGCACAAAAAAUGGUCUGGAGACGAGAGGGAACGCCAUCUACACGGAGCUUUGGUUUAUACUCUUGAUGGCGCUAUUGGCCUUACUGCUUCUGGCCAUUCUCCUUUCCUUCAUCCUACAGAGGAAGUUAAACAAGCAGCCAUAUCCGAGAGAACGGCCGCCAUUAGUGCCACUCCAACAGCGAAUGUCUCCAGCAAGUGCUUACUCAGAGAGUGACACGUACACGGGAAUGUCGGACGUAAAGAUUUCAGGAGUGGAGACUAACACGAGCCACAAUACAAUGACACUCAGGAAGACGAGCCAAGGUCAGAUCAGUUGUAGCUUCUCGGAGAACUCCUUGUACCGCAGCGCCAGUCAACUCAUUGCUUCCCAUGAUAAGAAGUCCACAGUGGACAGCUCCAUGUGGGAUAGCGUCAUUCAAGGCCAUGACAGUGGAAUGUGCAUGGAUGAUGAAGAUCUUAUCAGCACCAUAAAGAGCUUCAGCACUGUGACAAAGCAACACACGGCCUUCACCGACACACCACUGUAACACUAGAAACAUAGCGACCAAGGAAAUAUAGGUUUUACCAGCAAACGUCAAGAUCUGUGCCACAGAGUUCACCACAAUGACUAAUCAGCAUGUGGCAUCCACCCAGAGGAUACUGUCAGGAAAAAGAUGACGAGUCCCUUCAC